GAGAGGCCCCGCCUACGCGUGUCUGGAGUACCUCGGCUGGACUGAGCUGAGUCGAUCCAGUGAGGGAGAGACAGAUUUACUAGGGAGAGGAUCGUGUGCGAUCUACAACGCCAGACUGUCAGCUUGAGCUGCAACCCGGGAGAGGCGAUGAUGGCGGCGGCUGUGGAAAGAGGAGGGGUCCGGGCCGCCUUCCUGAAUCCAGGCAGCGGCGGCGGCGGCGGCUCUGCUCCGGCUCCUGUCUCCGUCGUGCUCGGUCCUGGGGCUGGAAGCGGCGUCUUGGGUUCGACCGGUUCUGGCCCGAUCCCAGUGCCUAUGAACCUUUUUGCAACCUGGGAAAUAGAUCGCACGUCUCCGAGCUGCGUUCCGAGGUUGUGCAGCCUCACCCUGAAGAAGUUAAUUGUCCUGAAGGAACUGGAUAAAGACCUGAACUCUGUUGUAAUCGCUGUUAAAAUCCAGGGCUCCAAGCGGAUCCUGAGGUCGAACGAGUACAUCCUCCCCCCCAGUGGCCUGAUGGAGACGGACCUGGAGCUCACGUUCUCGUUGCAGUAUCCACAUUUCCUCAAGAGGGAUGCCAACAGGCUGCAGAUAAUGCUGCAGCGGAGGAAGCGCUAUAAGAAUCGCACCAUCCUGGGCUACAAGACGCUGGCAGUGGGAGUUCUCAACAUGGCUGAGGUGAUGCAGCAUCCCACAGAGGGAGGCCAGAUCCUGGGUCUCCAUAGCAACGUGAAGGAGGCGCCGGUCCGUGCGGCCGAGAUCAGCGUGCACUCGCUGUCCAGCCAGCCAAUCGACCACGAGGACAGCAGCGUCCAGGCGGGUCCCAAGACCAAGGCCUCAGAUCGCUCUCCAGACAUCGACAACUACUCGGAGGACGAUGACGACAGCUACUCCUCCGAGCAAGAAGCCAGCGACGAUGCCGUCCACGGCCAAGACCUGUACGAUGAAGACGAUGAGGUCAGAAAGCCAAAGAAGUCCCGCAGGAAAAUGAUCAGGACCACCUCCAUGACCCGGCAACCCAACUUCAAGCAGAAGUUCGUGGCAUUGCUGAAGAGGUUUAAAGUGACAGACGAGGUUCUGGACUCAGACCCAGUGGACCAGACACAAGAGGUUGAGGAGGAUCUGGACCUUCUCUAUGACAGCCUGGAGGUGUACAACCAGAGUGACAGUGGGCCUGAGAUGGAGGACAAUGAAAGUGUCCUCAGCACACCCAAACCCAAACUCAGGCCCUUUUUCGAAGGAAUGUCCCACUCGAGCUCGCAGACGGAGAUCGGCAGCCUGCACAGCCAGAAGAGCCAGCACAGGGACACCAGCUGUGCCGGCCGAGACUUCAUGUCUGCAGAGCUGAGCAAGGUGCCUGGGUCCAGGUAUCAGGACGAUGCUGCUAUUGAAGCUGGGCCUGGAGAGGUGGAAAUCGAGGAGGUGGGGUCAGGGACAGGGACAGGGGACACAGGUGGCAGCCGGGAUGUUUCUGAUAAGCCACCCCUUUCUGGAGGGGGGAAGCUCUGCAAGACCGAGUCCCAGACACACAUGUCACCCAGCAAAGCGGAAAACAAGCUUCAGAGACGCCCCCGUAGUACCUCUAUGAAGGACCGGCAGAACUCCAAGGCCCAGAGCGACCGCACGAGCAGCAUCGACAGCGAGACGUCUCCCGACUCGCGGCUCACCGCCCAGAUCCCCAGGAAGUCUGUGUACGACCAGCUGAACCAGAUCCUGAUUUCGGACGAGCAGCUGCCUGAGAGCAUCAUCCUGAUCAACACCACGGAUUGGCAGGGCCAGUACCUGGCAGAGAUCCUCCACGAGCAGAACCAGCCCAUCGUCUCCACCUGCUCGGCAGCCGAUGUGCAGGCCGCCUUCAACACCAUCGUCACGCGCAUUCAGAGAUUCUGCAACUGCAAUGCCCAGACACCCCCUACCAUCAAGGUGGCCAUGGCAGGGGACCAAAGCUACCUCAGCACCAUCCUAAGGUUCUUCGUGGAGCAGCUGGCCAACAAGACGCCCGAUUGGCUGAGCUACAUCCGCUUCCUGGUCAUCCCCAUCGGCUCUCAUCCGCUGGCAAAGUACAUGGCGUCCUUUGACGGCAAGUUCAACAGUAUCUUCAUGGACACGGCCUGGAGGGAGCUGUUUGGCCGCACAGAGCCACCGCUCUCGGACAACAUUGACGUGGCUGGUCGCGUGACACAGUACCUGACUGGAGCCAACCUGUCCCAUCAGUUCCCCAUCUCAGAAGCCAUGCUUACCUACAAGCAGAAGAGGAAGAGAAGUUUGUAUUUUGAUUUUUACAUAAGCCCGGAUGAGGACUCCUGUCAGAAGUUCGUGCCAUUUGUUGGAGUGGUGAAAGUGGGCAUUGUGGAACACAGCCUCUCCACCUCAGUGGAUUCCGAUGACGCCAUGGUUGGGAGUAUGAACAUGCUGGCCUCUCCGCCACCCCAAACAGGGGGGCAGUACGGAAAGGAGAUGGCAUGCACCCCCCCGUCAUCGCCCUCCGUCUCUGCUGCACUCUCCGGAGCUGGGUCUCCGGGCUCAGGCGGCGAGGUCAUGGGCUUGCAGGUGGACUACUGGACCUGGCAGGGUCAGGAGAAGAAGCGCGAGGGAGAGAAGAGGGACGUGGGCGUCAAGAACACCCUGAAGAGCAACUUCCGCUCUCUGCAGGUCAGCCGCAUCCCCAGCGGGGGGGAGCUCACGCCCCCACCCUGCAUGUCCAUGACAGUGGUCAUGAAGGAGAAAAACAAGAAAGUGAUAUUCCUCAGUAAGAAACCCAAGGAAAAAGAGCUAGACUCCAAAAGCCAGGUGAUCGACGGGAUCAGCAGAUUGAUCUGCACCGCCAAACAUCAGCACACCAUGCUGAGAGUAUCCAUUGAUGGUGUGGAGUGGAAUGAUGUGAAGUUCUUCCAGCUGGCUGCCCAGUGGCCCACCCACGUCAAGCACUUCCCAGUGGGGAUCUUCGGCUACAGCAAGCCUGUGUGAUGUUGGUAGCGGCCAAUAGACUUUUUCGGGAAAAGAAAUUGACCAAGCAAAAACCGUAAUCGAUUUCCUGUGGAAACUUUACAAUCUCAAACCAGUGUUCUUAUUUUUUUUCAGCUGUUGAUGUUAUUGUUGUUUUUUUUUUACACCAGCAGAAGGAACAAUGAAUCUUUUUUUAAGCGUUAUGUUGCCACUGAAAUCAAUUUUGUGGUUAGAAGAGAGACGUCAUUCUUCAAUGACAGCAGCUGUGUUUGCUGUGUUUGUAUCGUAUUGUUAUCUUGUUAUUAUUUCUGUGAAAUCCAAUGUGGGUAACUGUUCCAUGUACAAUGUUUCUUUGAUGGGUUUCAGGCUGUGUUGUGCAGAUGCUGGUUUUCUUUAGAUGCACAAUGAGAAUGCUGCUGUGAUACCCUCAGUGCACCACUUCCAGCAGAUAUGCUGUUUAAUUUUCUGUGUGUGUGUGUGUGUGUGUGUGUGUGUGUGUGUGUGGGUGGGUGGAUGAGUGAGUGACCUGCUCGCGUUCUUCACGUAUUCUGAGCAAACUGGCCUUUUACUUUUAAAGAACACUGUGUAAACAAGCAAAAAAAAAAAAACGAACUAUACCUUACAGACAGAAAGCAGUAUAGAAAA